GCAUACACAAUGGCUGCUGGAAAGAGGGGAAAGCAAACAAUUUUCAGGCCCGCCGCGUCUAGCAAAAAAUAUGAGAAAAAAAUUAUUAAAAAUUCGGAAAAUAGUUGAAAGUCAAGAAAAACUCCAUAGAAAGGAUGUUAAGGCUCCUGUGGCACCUGAGUCCUGGCGGUGUUGAGCACAUAAAACUGGAUAGAGAACAAGCAUCGUCGACACUAGGCAGGCUCCGCAUAUCUGUCCAACCAGUAACGCUGCCCUAGGGUGCCAUGGCCUCGGGAACCCAAGGGCACCUAGACCACGUUCCGGAUAAAGCUAGGCUUGCGGCGGCCACAGGGAGGCGAAAGAGAGCAGAGGGGGGGAAACCCAAGAAGAACUUCCCAUGUCAGCUGUGUGAAAAGGCCUUCAACAGCGUGGAGAAGCUAAAGGUGCACUCAUACUCACACACAGGAGAGAGACCAUACCGGUGCUCCCACCAGGACUGCACCAAGGCCUUCGUCUCCAAAUACAAGCUGCUACGGCAUAUGGCGACACACUCGCCGGAGAAAACCCACAAGUGUACGUACUGUGAGAAAAUGUUCCAUCGCAAGGAUCACUUAAAAAACCAUCUUCACACUCACGACCCCAACAAGGAGGCCUUUGCCUGCCAGGAGUGUGGAAAGAGCUACAACACAAAACUGGGCUUUAAACGGCACCUGGCCCUGCACGCGGCCAACAGUGGAGACCUCACCUGCCAGGUUUGCCUGCAGCCAUUUGCCAGCACAGGCCUACUCUUGGAGCACCUCAAGACCCACGCCGGCAAGUCUUCAGGUGGCACCAAAGAGAAGAAGCACAGGUGCGAGCACUGCGAGCGUCGCUUCUACACGCGAAAGGAUGUGCGCCGCCACAUGGUGGUGCACACUGGCCGCAAAGACUUCCUGUGCCAAUACUGCGCCCAGCGCUUCGGCCGGAAGGACCACCUGACACGUCACGUGAAGAAGAGCCACGCCCGCGAGCUGCUGAGGGUUAAGACGGAGCCAGCUGAAACGCUGGACUCGCCCUUUUCCUGCGGGCUAGCCGGAAUCGUCAAGGGCGAGCUGGCCACCAUGUCGGCUCCGCACAGACAGCUUCAGCUCAACUUGUAUGGCGGCCCUCUCCUGCCUCAGCACCACUUCCCCACCAUGCCCUCCUUGGAUACAGAGCCUAACCCUACACACCCUUUCUCGCUAAAGUACCAGCUGGCCUCCAACCUUACCUCAUACUCUGUCUCCACUCUGGAGAGAGAACAGAAUUUGAAGGGAGAACUGGAGACAUAUCUGAUGGAACUGCAGAGUGGUAUGCCCUCUUCCUCUGCUGAGGGGGCUCCAUUGUCCUCUGCCUCCAAACUGGAUUUGGACUCCCAGGUGGGCUCAUUAGGCCAGGGGUCCCCUGAGGAGGCAUCUCUGUCCAAAAUCUCGGCAGCAACGGCAGCGGGCGAGUCGCUGGCCUCCUCUUCGUCAUUGCUCGACUUCUCCCAGCUCUUCAACUUCCUGCCCUUGAAUGGCCCCCCGUAUGGGCACCAGGGGGCAUCUGGCGGGGUUCUAGGUGGAGUACCUUACUCACCAGAGGAGGCGCUGUCUCUUGUCCAGCUGCCUACCCAGCCCCUGGAUUCCCACGAGGCGUCAGGGAGCGGGGGGGGUGUCAGCCCCCUCCAUGGUAUCUCUUCUCCCUUCAAUUCUAAUCUGAAUGCAACCACCACGCUGCCCCGCUUCCACCAGGCCUUCCAGUGACAUGACAGCACACAAACACAUGCAUACACACAGUGUACACACAGGUUUAUAAUCUGCUAAUUAUUAUGUUAAUGCCAGUAACACACUUUUUUAAUGUGUCUGCACAAAACAACAUAAAAAGCACUUCCGUUCAAUAAUGAUGGGAUUCCACACAUACAGACACUGAAACUGCUUAGUUUGAGUGUGUAUGAGUGUGCAUCAGCACUGACAUAUAGCACUUCCACAAACACAAGUGGUUUGGCUCAACUACAUAGCUCAAGCCAUGUAAUAAUGAUUGACAUUUCAUUUGGUCAGUGUCAAAAAUGCUAUAUCACCGCCCUUGCAAAUUCAGCACUAUAAUGCAGAUGACCGACCCAGUCCAUUUUAGUGCCCACAACAUGAAUAACAUAACUAGGAAUUUCGAGUUUUACAUAGGAAUUGAUGUAGGAAUGUGAUUGCUGUGAUGUUUUUCUAUCUAUAAUGUUUAACCCCCAUGGCUUGGAAUAGAUUGAAGAUAGUAUGUCAAUUGUACCAUAUUUUCAUAUAGCACUUUGUACCUUUGUGCGAGGCUGAAUGUCAUCUCUUCUAACCAUUUUGAAAAUGUAUUUGUUAUCUGUUUGUCUUAUUUCAGGAUUUUAAGCAAUGCAAUCAUUUGUUCUUGUUUUUUUUCUUCUAAAUAAGGUACCAAAAAGCCCCUUGUGGAAGGUAGUGUGAGAACCAUCCUUGCUCCCCAUAAAAACCAAAGUCGACCAAAUAUUGAGUUGUCAGGCAGAAAACUAUAAGGCUAUCACCGAUGGUUCUAAACAUUGCUGCUGUGUUCUUGUUCCCUUAAAGGCCCUUGGAAUAACUCAGCUACAGAUAGACUAAGUUGUCCCUCCUUAUUUAAUGUAAUUAUAUUUCACAUAAAAGGGACAUUUACAUGUUAAUAUACUUUAAUAUUUUUACCUUAACUGACAGAACAUUCAUGUUAAGAUAGCUAGAUGGGACAAGACAAUAGAAUAUCAUAUAGGCAACAUUUUUAACAUAGGCCCAGUUUCACCAUGCUGCUACCUACCCUGUGACAUAUGAACUGGAUUGGAAAACACAUUUGCACAAGCUCCACUUGGAUCAAGCUUGUUGAGCCAUCACCUAUGCUUCCAAUCCAGUCCACAUACGCAGUAUCUGUGAUUAUCAAAGGCCGAGGAUUAGUGGGAGAAACUAAAAUUGUCUGAACCAUACAGUAGAAACUAGAUUAGAGCCAUACCACAUAAAUUCAGUCCAUUUACCUUUCCUGAUUCAAACUUUAUAGGUUAGACAUAUUUUGUGUGACCAUUACCCAAUCAUGCAGCAAUAUUUCACAGCAGGAUGUAACGUGAAGUAAUGCAUUGUUAUCCAGUUUGCAGUUAUAAGUUCUUAACCUGUAUGGAAAGCCUCAGAUUUAUAUGAUGUGUUUUCAGGCAAGGGCUAGUAAGUGACUGCAGAGGAGAGUACACUUGUAUAAAGAAUCUGGGAGACUGAAGAGAUGAGGCAAACUCAUCAAGGUGGUUGGAUGGAUAAGUAUUGUGUUGAGAUUGCCUCACGCAGAGAUUCAGAGACAUGAACACAAAAGCACUUUUAAUGUCAAAUGGUAUGUGUGAAACAUUGUUUAUUCGCUCAGAGUGAUGUCCAAAAUUUACAUUUCAUGUCACGAUAAAGUAAUGUAGAAAAAAAAAUAUCUUUACAUUUUGUGGAAAUUACAUAUUCCUGCAUCCCAAUAACAUAAGCUAUACUUAGGUUUAACUAAAAGCAUUGCCACCUGAUCAGGUGAGGGCACAUAAAAAAAAUCGCAUAUCAAGGAGCUGAUAUAAAUACAGUAUAACAGCCAGACAGAAUUACAUUUUUCUUCCUAUAUAAUUCACUAAGAAAGUCUUAUAAAUAUAUUGCCCCAUGGAAACCAGCAUUUAAGUCACCUUCUGGCCAGGACUGAAAAAAUACCAGUUUCCACAAUCUAGUUUCAAUAACACAAAAACAUAGCUAAUUUAACUUUCCAGUCCCUGAAGUAACACAAUGCCCUAACUUAACAGUUGUUUUGAUGUUAGGUGAAAUUCAGUUGAAGUACUGUAUUGCACACCUCUGCGUGAAAUGAACUCAGCUGCCAGCGUUAGUUUAUCAACGUUUUUCUUUAGGGAUUUGGUUUUUAGUGUCUCAUUUUGUACAAUGUUUUGUAUAUUGCUGUAAGAUAUAGAAACUAGAGGGAAAUCCCAGCAAUGAUGAAAUAUGGAUGACAGUGAGAGGAGAUGCCUAUAUUACUGCCAGUAUGUGUUCAAGACAGGCUUUGGUCAGAGACAGGGUUUGUGAUAGUAUACUUUCAUAAGUAUGUACAGUAUAUGUAAUGGAAACAUUUCUCACUUGAACUGCAAAAUUAUGGACCAGACAUGCUUGGUCUGGUCUGAUCAAGAAGUGACAUUCCCAGAACUGUCUCUACGCAAUAUGCUGUCAAACUGUACAAAGGGACAGUGACCCCCGUCAAAUGGUUUCUGAACAACUGUGUUAGUUGGACGAAACGGCUUAAGUCACUUCCAGAAGAAUUUCUGCAUUUAGAAACAUCUGUACUUGGCACUGAACAUCAUGUGUGUGCGUGCUGGUGCAUCUGCAAAUCUAAACAUGCCCUGUUUCUGCUUUUGUACAAAGAUAGCAUGUGGCUCUCAGAGAAGAUGCUUUCAGUUACAACUGAGAGAUCUCAGUAUCUAGAUCAUUUAAAACCCAUCAAUGAAGGAAUGAUAUAGAUACCCCUGGGCCAUAAUUCUUUGGCAAUACAGAGGCUUGGCUUCAGAUGAAAGUACCCUUCUACCCCAUUUUGAGUCAUGCCAUUUAUAAGUGUCUUUUCCUCACUCAGAGGGAGAAAAGCCUAAAAAUAAGGACCUUAAACACAACUCUCAAACUCAUUCAUUUCACUAAAUUAGGACUAAUUACAAGCAAGCAAUCUGCUUAUUAUUUUGAUUAUUAAUUCAUCUUGAUUUACUGUUUUAUUAUCUCAUACAGUUUUGAUAUACUGUUGUACUAUCUAGAUUUCGAGUGGCUUUCAAAAAUACACCCCCCUUUGACAUUUUCAAAUUUUUGAUUUAAUUCAGUUUUGCCACUAAUCAAUACAAGUCCAUAAUGUUUUAAAGCGAAAAAUAAAAUCGAGAAUUGUUUUAAAUUAAUUACAAAACUGCAUAAGUAUUCACCCCUUAAUGUUAAUAUUUGGAAGAGGCACCUUUCGCAGUAUUUGCAGCCAUGAGUCUAUAUGGAUUAGUCUCUUCCACCUUUGCACAUCAAGACAAUUAUUUAUUUUUUGCAAUAUUGUUCAAGCUAUGUCAAGUUGGAUGGGGACCUUUGGUAAACAGCAAAUUUGAACUCUUGACAUUCUCAAUUGGAUUGAGGUCUGGGCUUGGACUGGGUCACCCCAGGACAUUGACCUGCGUGUUUUAAUCCACUCUAGUGUGGGUUUUGCUGUAUGUUUGUGGUCAUUGUCCUACUGGCAGAUUAAUCUUCUCCUAAGUCCCAGGUCUCUUGCAGACUCAAGGAAUACUCAGUACUUUGCUGCAUCCAUGUUGCCCUCCAUCUACACAGUGAAGCAUCCCCAUAGCAUGAUGCUGCCAUCACCAUGCUACCUAGUAGGAAUGGUGUUCUCAGGAUGAUGUGCAGUUUUGGGCUUGCACCAUACACUAUAGCGCUAAGUGUUGAGGCCAAAAAUCGCUAUUUUGGUCUCAUCAGACCAUAUAUUAUUUUUUCACUUGGUCUCAGAGUCGCCCACAAACUAUGAUGUGAUUUUAUUUUUCGGUGAAGUCUUUCUUUAUCCUACUCUCCCAUGAAGGCCACUUCUGUGAAGUAUCUGAGCAAUUGUUGUAGUAUUCAGAGUAUGUCCCAUAUGGAAAUCUAAUAUAUGGCCAUAUACAUUAAAAGACUUAACAUAUAUUUUUAAAUACAUUAUCAUAUAUGUUAAUUACAUAUUUCAAUCUGACAAUUCUUGUAUGUUUUGACAAUUAUGUAUAUAUGUGUUGAUCAAAACAAAUAUAUGUUUACAAAAUAUAUGCUCAUAUAAGACAUACAAGUUACACAUAUAUAUAAACAUUGCCUUAUAUUACAUUUCCAUAUGGGCUCCAAGCUCAGCUGUUGAAGACUAACUUGGUGGCCUCCUUGUCUUGUCCUUCUCACCCGGAUACUCAGAUUUUGUGGACAGCCUGUUUUAGACAAACUGUUUUGCAAUAUUCUCUCCAUUUAUUAAUCAUGGACUUUACUAUGCUCUAGGGGAUAUUCGGUGCCAUGGACAUUUUCUGAUAUCCUACCCAUUUUCAAAGUGUAUUUUUUGUUAGGUACUAACCAACUGUGGGCCCUCCCAGAGACAGAAAUCAUGUCUCACCCAUUCAGUUAAUUAUGUGACUUCUAAAGGCAAUUGGUUGCACCACAGCUCAUUCAAGUGUGUCACAGCUAAGGAAGUGAAUACUUAUGCAAUGAAUAAUUUUUCUGUUUUAUAUUUGUAAUUAAUUUAGAAUAAUUUACAUAUUUCCCUUUUCAUUAUAGACAUUUUUGUCUAACUUAGAUUACAUGUAUUUGGAUUUCAUGUUGUAACACAAUAAAAUGCCUAGAACUCCAAGGAUGAUGAAUAUCUUUGAGAGCCAAUGUAUAAUAAAUCUCCCAAAACUAACAACAUUCAGUCCUCACAUUGACCACUCCUGUAUGUUCAUUUAACCGAUAGGAGUAGAUAAUGAAUUGAUUGAUAAAAUUACAGACUAAAAGUAUAGUAGCUGGGCUGUUCAUGUAAAGAGUGGUCCACUUGGGUUUGUAAGUUAAGCUUUAGCUCCAACUUUGUUUUAAAGACUUUACUCGGUUUGUUCUAUAUAUCACAACCUUUCGAACGUGUGACUUUACCAUUGGUAUGAAGUGCUAACUUUAAUUAUUUGAACAUAACAUGUCUUCCUUUGGGGAGAAAAAUCAGGAGGCUCAUUGUUUUACUCAUUAUGGCAAAAAACUGAAUUGAAUCUCCCCAUGUUCCUUCAAACAUGUUUUAUAUGAGAACAGUAUCAGUAAGGGCCACUUGAUGUCAUUGAAAGAUGAAGCUACAUCUUUAUGUAUUCUUUUCAAGUGUUAUGGAAGUGUAUGCUAUUAGUGUAUUUUGAAGGUUUGUGGUUUUGCAUAAAAUGUUUGGUAAGCCUCUAUAUAGGGCAGAUUUAUUUUAAUCAUAGCACUUUUGGAUAAUUAAAUGCCUUUGUUUUCUUCAAUACUUUUUUCUUGUUUAAAAUACAUUUAUUAUAAAAAGUAUAGAUGUCAUAUCUAGCUCUUUAGAGAAAGUUAACGUGUAAAUACAUAAUUAAAUGUUUUAUUUUUACAGGUACAGUUUUACAGUGUUUUUCUAUCAGUGUCAUUUUUGCUUUACUUGCACAAAUGUUUCGUGUGUCUCAUUAAGGGGUCUAUCUAUCAGAUAGUAUGCCUCUAUUUUCACAUCAUUGCAGUUAUUUUAAACAUACCAAAUUAUCUGGCUACCUACGCAAUUUAUUUGACAACGUGAGAAAAAAUUUAAUCAGCUAACUAUAUAUUCAACUUUCAAAUUUACAGGUUUCUGAUUUGGCUUAACAAUAUUGUUAAUUGAGAUAAUGUAUAGGAUUGUUUUAUUUUACAUGUUUGAGUAAAAGUAUAAGAAUGACAAUGCUUAUGGUGAAACUGAUAUUUUUAUACACAUUUCUAUCCUUAAUAUUCCACAUUUUUAAUGUAUUCAGAAAGUACAUAAGGGGCCGGUUUCACAGACUAAAAAAAAACCAAGCUCAAUGGAGUUUUCUGUUGUCUGCAAAACCGGCCCUAAGUGUCCCCUGGUGGAUGACGGAGUAUCUGAUAAGAGUGGGUUCCUCAGUGAGAGACACAAACCUUUAGCAAUUCAUGUCAACCUUCAUUAUAAGCUUCAUUGGUACCGGUGAACCAUGUUGAAUGUGUAUGUAAGAAACACUGCAAUAUUGCAAUAUUUUGGUAUUGGAUCAAGCUGCUAAUGGAUACUUCUAAAGCUCCUUAAGGUGCUACAGACCUCUUUUCUAGAUCUUUUUUUUAUUUUUACAAAAAUAUCAAUUUGAGCUGAAUGGUCGGCAUGUGUGUGUGCCUGGUUGUUUUCAUAUACAUAUAUUUUUUUUGUACUGUGACUUUUGUGGUCUUGUAUGGACUUGCCUGUUGCCUGUAAUGUCACACGCUUCUCCUUCACGUUGUAUGGCAGUACGAUGGGGAACCAUGUUCAUCCUGGUGAUUGACCGGAAAGGGCUUGCGAGAGUGUUUACUUGUCGCCUCAGUAUAAAAUCAGUCUGAGAUUACCUCGAUGAUAAAGAAGAUAAUGACUCCACAAGGGGGGGAUACAUCUCUGAGAGGACUAGAAGUACUUAUAACGAGGGAUUGUUAAGAGGCAAACUGCAUUCCAGCCAUGUUGGUUUUGUUGUUCAUUGCAAUGCCAUCCUGUGAGAAUGAUGGAAUUAUGUUGCUAAUCAUGUAUAUUUUACUUAAACUCUAUUUUACAAACUACUGUUGUAUUUGUAUAAAUAUAGGCAAAAUAAUUCAUAUUUGUUUAUAAGUUUUGUAAAAUAGAAAUUAACGCUGCAGCUUUUUAUCAAUUUUCUAACAUUGACAUCAUCCAAAGAGACAGAUUAUUUAUUGUCUGGCCGAGUAACCUGAUUUGUUUUCAUACUACCUUGCUGCUAUGAGAGAGAAGAGCUGCAGUCUUCAACUCCAGUGUUAUUACACAGUGUAAUGAAAGCUCAAUAAACAUAAAAGAAGGAUUCAUGCAAAAGUCUACAAUUGUUAGUCAAGUUUUU